AGAUGUGAAUGGCAGCUGGAAACGCUUAUAGUCUAGUCUGCGCCCCGGUGGAGAGACUGGGAUUGGAAAUCACAGCUGUUAAGGGCCCAGUCCAAGGCACUAGGGUGCCACCUACGCGCUGAUGCCCCGAGUGUUCACAGGGCUUCCAGCUAACCAUGCUGCACCUACCUUGGCGCUGCCCUUCCUACUACUAUUAUUGCUGAUGGUGCGGACCCAGGUACCCGUUAGCGCGAGGCCGUCCACAGGCCCCGAUUACCUGCGGCGAGGCUGGCUGCGGCUGCUAACCGAGGGCGAGGGUUGUGCUCCCUGCCGGCCAGAAGAGUGCGCUGCGCCGCGGGGCUGCCUAGCAGGCCGGGUGCGGGAUGCGUGCGGCUGCUGCUGGGAAUGCGCCAACCUGGAGGGCCAGCUCUGCGACCUGGACCCCAGCGCUAACUUCUACGGGCGCUGCGGCGAGCAGCUCGAGUGCAGGCUGGACGCGGGCGGUGACCUGAGCCGAGGAGAGGUGCCGGAGCCGCUGUGUGUCUGCCGCUCGCAGCGCCCGCUGUGUGGUUCGGACGGUCGUACCUACGCGCACAUCUGCCGCCUGAAGGAGGCCUCCCGCGCUCGCCCGGACGCUAACCUCACUGUGGUGCAUCCGGGGCCCUGCGAAUCGGAGCCCCAGAUCCUGUCGCAGCCUCACAAUAUUUGGAACGUGACCGGUCAGGAUGUGAUCUUUGGCUGUGAGGUAUUUGCCUACCCCAUGGCCUCGAUUGAGUGGAGGAAAGACGGCUUGGACACCCAGCUGCCAGGGGAUGACCCCCAUAUCUCUGUGCAGUUUAGGGGUGGACCUCAGAGGUUUGAGGUGACUGGCUGGCUACAGAUUCAGGCUUUGCGACCUAGUGAUGAGGGCACCUACCGCUGCCUUGCCCGGAAUGCUUUGGGCCAAGUUGAAGCUUCUGCUACCCUUACAGUGUUCACACCAGACCAGCUGAACGCCACAGGAUUCUCCCAGUUGCAGUCGCAGAGCUUGGUUCCUGAGGAGGAGGCAGAAAGUGAAGGGUUGGAGGAUCACUACUAGUCCCAGGUCUCUGGCUUUCGGGUGUGGGGGUGUGGGUAUAUCGCUGCACCCCUGCUGUUGAGAAAGCCCGGAGAAGACGGGAAAGGACGAGCAGGGUCCUUUCAUGGGUUGUUUAAUGCUCAGUGUAGCCUCAGUUUACCUUUCAUCAAAACUCAUCUUCCAGAAGUUUCUGCGGUAGAGAUGAGCACAGUGGAACUGAUUUAGUUUGGUGCAGGGAGGGGGUGGGGCAGCUUCAUGUCUUAUACACUCUAGGGGACAAAACCCACCUAGCAUACAACUAGACACAGUAGGCACCAA